AUGAUCCACAGGCGAGAGCAGCAGGCAACGCAGGCAGCUGUACAUUUUGCAUCAAAAGCGAACGUAGAGGAAGCCUCGAGGCCCGGCGUGUCAAGAUGGGUGACAUCAGGAGCUCAAGGACCAGGCACAUGCCUUACGAACAGCAGGAGUAGGAGUAAGAUGAAUACCGUCAGCAGCAACAGAGCGAGGAAGGAACAGAGGUCCGGCAGCAGCAACAGAGUGAAGAAGGAACAGAGGUCCGUCAUCAGCAACAGAGCGAGGAAGGAACAGAGGUCCGUCAGCAGCAACAGAGCGAGGAAGGAACAGAGGUCCGUCAGCAGCAACAGAGCGAGGAAGGAACAGAGGACCGUUAGCAGCAACAGAGCGAGGAAGGAACAGAGGUCCGUCAGCAGCAACAGAGUGAAGAAGGAACAGAGGUCCGUCAGCAGCAACAGAGUGAAGAAGGAACAGAGGUCCGUCAGCAGCAACAGAGUGAAGAAGGAACAGAGGUCCGUCAGCAGCAACAGAGUGAAGAAGGAACAGAGGUCCGUCAGCAGCAACAGAGUGAAGAAGGAACAGAGGACCGUCAGCAGCAACAGAGUGAAGAAGGAACAGAGGUCCGGCAGCAGCAAAAGAGUGAAGAAGGAACAGAGGUCCGGCAGUAGCAACAGAGUGAAGAAGGAGCAGAGGUCCGUCAGCAGCAACAGAGUGAAGAAGGAACAGAGGACCGUCAGCAGCAACAGAGUGAAGAAGGAACAGAGGUCCGGCAGCAGCAACAGAGUGAAGAAGGAACAGAGGUCCGGCAGUAGCAACAGAGUGAAGAAGGAGCAGAGGUCCGUCAGCAGCAACAGAGUGAAGAAGGAACAGAGGACCGUCAGCAGCAACAGAGUGAAGAAGGAACAGAGGUCCGUCAGCAGCAACAGAGUGAAGAAGGAACAGAGGUCCGUCAGCAGCAACAGAGCGAAGAAGGAACAGAGGUCCGGCAGCAGCAACAGAGUGAAGAAGGAACAGAGGUCCGUCAGCAGCAACAGAGUGAAGAAGGAACAGAGGUCCGGCAGCAGCAACAGAGCGAAGAAGGAACAGAGGUCCGGCAGCAGCAACAGAGUGAAGAAGGAACAGAGGUCCGUCAGCAGCAACAGAGUGAAGAAGGAACAGAGGUCCGGCAGCAGCAACAGAGCGAGGAAGAAGAAUAGGUUGUGCAGGUGGAGGUGUCAGCGAGGGCGGGCGGGCAGGCAUGCCGGCCACGCAGCGCACAACAUUUAA